UCUAGCCUAUUAAUUGCAUUUGCAAAAACAGGCAAAACGAAGACGUAUGAGCUCUAAUUUCACAUGAUUUUGUUUUGGCUGACUCAUUGCAUAAAAUGUGUUCGAUUUUUUAGUAUCAACAUUUUAUUUUUGUUUUAAACAUUUCCUGGAAAUUCCGUUGCUCUUGGAUUUUUUUAUAGGGUCGAUGUGUAACGCAGAAGAGACCUCUAAAGAUGUCAAGCAGGAGAUAUGCUAACUUAUUCGUUCUUGGGGUGGCAUUUAUUUUCUUUCUUACAUUUUCGAAAUUAUAUGGGACACUAGUGAGGCGUUCAACCCAUAAAAGAGUGCACGAGACGCAGCGGAGAACUGCGAGCAGGUACCACCAUACGACCGUUAAUUAUCACGUUUAUCACACUCAGCGGAGGAUGCCAACGACUUCAAAACCCACAUUAAAACAGAAACAGUUCCAUUUUAAUGGAAAGAAACACUGGAAAUACGCAACUAAUGUGACACUACAGUUAAACGGGCCUAAUGUAUGUGGAAACAGGUGCUGCCACGGAUGGACCGUUUCACCCAAGACUCAGAAAUGCACCAAACCAAGGUGCCUUCCACGCUGCCACAACGGAGCCGUGUGCAGGCAGCCCAACAUCUGUGAAUGCAGAACGGGCUUCUACGGGGCCCGCUGUGAGUUUGCAAGCGUGACCUAUGGCCUCGUAGGCAUUCCCUGGGCCUUACUGUGCCCCACCAGCCCCAUGGUCAGCACCACCACCUCAGGACUAAGCAUCACCCUCCCACCUACCACUAGCCUCUCACCAACCAUCACCCUCCCACCAACCACCGUCAUCCCCACCACCACCACCCCAGUUUCCACAGAGACCACAGCUGCAUGGAAGACAGCGGGGACACCAGCCAGCACCACCAACCCAGAGACCAAUAAAUAUUACGCUGUGCGCUGGCAACCUCUUACUCUGCAGGAGGCCCAGUUACUGCUACUAAAGAAGGCAUUGGCCCGUGGCGGUCGAGGCGACAAGAUGACCACCAUCCUGAUGAAACACAUCGAGACAGAGAGGAAGAAGCUCCAAUCAGCCUCACAGUCAGACCUACAUGACACCCAGACCACAAGUGUCAAGAGCUUCCACACCCAGAAGGGCCAGUACACUGUCCACGCGAGCCCACCUGCAGGUUUUAUACUGGUGAAACUGGAGAUAUUGCUGUAA